AUGGCCGAUCCGGGUGAAGGGUCCAGUACGAGCUGGCCCUUUGACAGCGCGUCAUAUGGUCGCGGCCAGGCAGCGGGGCUGCGCCGCAUGGGCACGGCCAUCGCCCGUCAGAAAAAGCGGAAGGCGGCGGCGAAAACGCGGCAGCUGAAGGCGGAGGCGCGGCUGAGGCUUCUGCAAGAGGAAGGCGCUGAAGGCACGAUAAUAGUGCUGGCCACGAGGGAACACGCCGAGGCAACUGCAUGGGUGCAUGCUACCUCACAAUGCCUGCAGAACCUGCGGCAACAGAGGCGAGGGCUCAUAGUCACCUCACGGAUGGCGAGCGAGCGGUUCGUGCCUCUCAGGAACAUUGACACAGGGGCUGAGGGCAUGCUACUCCGCUUUCAAAAACUAGGGAUACCCAUUGACCCACAGGAAAUGGUUAUCCCGUGGCACACGCGUCGCCAAUUCUCAAGACUCAGGAAACACGUGGGACUCGAAUGUGACACGGAUGCUUCCGCACAAGCCAGUCCGAUUGAACCCUGUGUCACAUUGCCAGCCACAUCACUUUCGACCCACGGUCCUGCACCCGGAUCCGUCCGCAACACUGUGAUCACCGGGACUGCAGAGCCUAUCGAGCAUGAGGCAUCCUCUUGUACGGAUGGGACAAAGGUGUGUACCGAAACCGCGUGGCGUGAGCCCUCUCUCCCAGGCCCUGAUCCGUCUACGGUACGAACAUCGCCACCUGCAAACAGCGCACCUCAGUUCGCACUGCUUGCUGUCGGCAGUGGUUCCGCGAUCAACGAGGAGGGGAAUCUGCUGGAACCAUUGCCAGCGCUGGGCGACCAGAGCGCCAUUAGCGGCACAGUGACAGGGUUAGUCAGGGCGCCUCUGCAUUUGGCCGGGACUGCGAGACCAGGGGAUGUGAAACCAGCGGUGAGCUCUUCCGUGCCAGGUUCGUCGGCGCCUAGUUCUAAGACCCCUCUGAUCGGCAGGUAUACACCGUGGAGCUUCGACGCCGGGAGGGCCGAGCCCACCCACAGGCGCGCGUCGGAUGAAUUGACAAGAGGCCCCUCGCACACGAGGGAGCUCGAGUCAGAAUCCGAGCCCUGCUCGGCCGCUCCCAGAGAGCCCACCGCCCGUUCCGCGGAAGGCCUAGUCAAGCCGGACCUGAGUGCGACGGGGACUCCAACAUCAGAUGCAGUGUUGCAGUCGGGGAUGUCUCCCUUCCCAGAGUCUCAGUGGGGAAUGCCCUUCCAAGCCGCCACAUGUGGAAGCCGCCGCGCAUCUCUGGCAGGCCGAUGCAACAUCUCGGUCUCCAACGUCAGAGCUAUCGGAGUUCUCGAGCAAGCAGCGGGGCCUCGUCCUACUGCAUCGUCACCUUCUGGUGUGGAGGGGUUAUCUGUAGCGGGGGGUAAUGAACUCGAACUGCCGCCAGAAGCGCGGGCACCCCUGCAAACGAUUGCAGAAGCCGACUGUGGAGGAAACAAGCGAAUACGCUUCAAGCGGGGGCCCUCACCUGAUGCGUCACAAGGCGUUGUCAUAUCCGUCGCAACAGCAGGACCUGGACACGUCGGCCGCGAGGUGGCCUCCGCGGUCGUGACUUCACAAGCACCGGCACUGCCCCAGGCUCCCGAGGAACAGCCACCUGAGCACAAGUGGCAUUGGCGUCUGCCCCAUUCCGGUCCCGCCCAGGGUGAAGGGAAGCUUGGGAAACGAAAUUGCCCCAGAUGA